GAGAGAACGAGAGCAAGUUCGUGUUGCCUACACACUCUGUGCGUCUCGGGAUUAAUUCGACGCAUUCUUCAGCGCCCAUCGUUUGGAGUCUAACCUGUCUUAUGUAGGACACCAGAAAUGCAGAAUGGGUCUUCACGAGGGCCUCGGGAGGAUCGACUUCUUCCCAACAGCAAGACACAGAUGGACUCGGGGCGGACGGCCUUGCACGAUGCGGCCUGUGCUGGGGAUGAGAAGGCUCUAGAGGCUCUCUUGGUGUCCGGCGCGGACAGGAAUGCCAAGGAUUCGCGCCAUGGCAACACGGCACUGCACGAGGCGGCGUGGCGAGGAUACAGUCGGUGCGUGAAGGCGCUGUGCGCCCUGCCAAAGCUCAAGACACCCAAAGAGUCCAGUCGACAGGUGAAGGGUGUGAUUCAGGAGACGCGCGGCGCCCUGCACAGCGCCCUGCUGGGCACGCGAAACUUUGGCGGCUUCUCGGCUCUCCAUCUCGCCGCCCAGAAUGGCCACAAUCAGAGCUGCAGAGAGAUUCUGCUCUCGGGCGGCAAUGCCGAUGUGCAGAACAACUACGGUGACACGCCGCUCCACACAGCUUGUCGCUAUGGCCAUGCUGGAGCCACGCGGAUCCUCUUGUCGGCCAAAUGCGAUCUGCAGCGCGUGAAUCUGAACGGUGACACGGCUCUGCACAUCUCUUGCGCCAUGGGCAGGCGAAAACUCACGCGAAUCCUCAUGGAAGCGGGUUGCAAGCAGGACCAGAAGAACGGUCAGCACGAGACGCCGCGAGAUAUUGUACUGCGAAAGGGUCUGUCUGAGAUUCUGGACAUUCUCAAUGCGCCGCCGAAGAAGACGGAGCGCGACCAGAGCUCGGGCAGCUCGAAGAAGGAGCCCAAGCGGGAGAAGAGUCGCGAGAAGGUGAAGAAGGGUGAUCGCGUGGAUGCACAGCAGCCGGAUCCAAAGCACUGGUCACCGUAUGGAUGUCACUACUUCCCGGAUCCGCGCUCCUUUCCGUCGCCAAAGCUGGAGACGCUGCCCAAGGAGCCGCUGGCGAAGGGCGAGCAGUACUAUCUGGAUUUGGCGGGAAACAUCCGAAAGGGGCCGAUUGGGGUGGGGAACACGUGCUACUGUGGGCCCUUCUUCAGGCACAUCGAGGAGAAGAUCACGAAGAAUCGCAAGAGCAUCAGGAAGUAUGUGGACAGGGCGACUGAGAAGUUGGACAGCAAAGUGACGGCGCUGGCGAUGCGCACGGAGGAUCAGAUUGGCGAGCUGACGCGUUCGAUGAUCGCGGACAGGAUUCGGUGUGAGGGCAGGCGACUGCAUCUGGAGCAGUGGCUGAAGAGAGGCGCUGUGGGGCGCUCCACCAUGAAUGAGAGGCAUCACACGAGUAAGUCGCGCAAGGACGAGGCGAACAACACGCUGACGCGCUGUCGGAGUCUCGAGCUGCUGGACGACACUGUGGAUGGGCGGCUGAAGUCUUCGCAGAGUGCUCUGAGUCGCAGUGUGGAUUUGCUGGACACACAAGUGGAAGUGCACAGAAGCGAUGUGGCCAGCAGUGUGGCGACGAAGGAGGCGUCCAGGCGCUCCAGCAAUCACAGCUGCUCCACGAGCAAGAAUGAGGGUGCCGAGGCGAUGAAUGUGAGCGAGAGACUGGAGGAAUUGCUGACGAAGACGCACGAGAUUAUCGAGAUGGAGCGCGCGACGAGGCGACGGAACAGGGAGCUGAUGAAGAUGUUCCCGCACUCCAGGAAGAAAUCACGCAUGCGAAUGGGCACAAGUGGUGAUCUGGAUGAUUCGCAGUACAUUGCCGAGGAGAUGGAGAAGAUCACGGCGUCGCUGAUGAAUCAAAUGAUGGAGAAGGAGGAGGCGGAAGUGGCGCCAGUGUCACCGGAGAUUGCCAAAGAGGUGCAGCAUGGGAAGGAGAAGGACGCCGCCACACGCUCGAGGAGUCGCAUGAGUGACUCUGGCAGCAGUGUUUAUGUACCUGAUUUCAACCAGCGCGUUCGUCACCCUGGAUCUCCGGGAGAUAAGCAAACGCCACCGCCACCGAUGGUGAAUGGUUUCUACGAGAAUGCCUGCUUUGAGGAUCACAACACAUCAUCCAGCAACACGAUUAAGUCGGACAAGAAUACACUGACGGACGAUUCGCUGGCGCAGAGUGCGGACAAGGUGUCGAUUGAGGUGUCAGGAUCAGUGUCUGAGGAGAAGGCGGACGAAAUGGUGUCGGAGUUGACGAAUAUGAAGGAGUUGCACGAGUUGAAGAGCAGGAUUCUGAAUGGAUCACACUGGAGGAGUCAGGUGCUGCGGAAGAGCGCCCAUGAUCAUAAUCGCCAGGAGUCUGAGCAGACGGAUGCGGUGGCGCAAGUGGAGAACAGCAUGCCGACGAAGUAUGAGAUCAAGAACAGCGAGAUUAAGACACUGAAGACGCAGCCCAAAAGCAAAGUGCACGAACUGGUGGCGAAAAUCCAGGGAAAGAUGACACGAUUGAAGGCUCAGCAGGUCAAGGAGGAAGAGUCAGAGAGCAGCGACGAAGACAGUGCGGAUCCUCAGGAGGAAGACGUGGCGCCGCAGAGUCAUGACUCUUACUAUCCCACGAACCAGAUGAACGGCUACACGCAGCACAUCGAGGAGUCCCUGCUGCCCUUGACUUACCAUCGCGCGCAGCCUCAAGUGGCCAACUAUCGAUCGGGCUUGAGUCACAGCAGUCAGGCGAACGGAUGUCUGCCCAAUGGCCAGACCACGUGGAUGGCCAACGGUCAGGCUUUCGAUCGCUCCGCCCUGAUCCCCAAGGAUGCCUACUUCCAUGAUCUGCCGCACAAGAAUCGCUACAAUCCGCCGGCAGACGAGAUGAUCACCAGCUUCUGCGACUCGCGCAACCGAAACCCGCUGCCCUAUCAUGUGAACGACUUCCUCGUGCAGCCCGAGUACGAUCAGCCGGUGAUUCCGCAGCGCGAGAAGCUGCUGUCGGCCAGGAAGUUUGGCUACACGAAUCUGGUGGAGAUGGAGCAGCAGAUGAUGGAGCAGGCGCAGCUGGAGCGCGAGAUGAACAAUGACUCGGGCUACAGCACGAAGAUCUGCGGCAGCUCGCACGGCCCGAGCCCCAGUCUCUCUGGUCAGACGGACAGCGAUCUGGGCGGCACGCGUGGCCGGCCGUACAACGUGGGAGCGUCGAGUUUGGUGUAAUUGGCACGAAUCACCCUGCACUAAUUUAAUCCUCACAUUAAUCAUCAUGUACAUUUGUCCACCAGCGACUUGUUGAUAAUGCACGGUUUCUAUGUAAAGCAAUUAAUAAAUUUUUUUU